UUCCCGUGAGACGUCAUUUCGCUGCGGCUCUCUGCUACAUGAACUGCUACAUGAACCAGGAAGAGAAGUUCGUUUAAUUCAUCUCGAUCAGUUUUAUUAUGCUUACAUUUGGCUUAACAGUCGUUCGACAUGGUGAAACACAGUACAACAAGGAUAAACUGCUGCAAGGUCAGGGUGUUGACACUCCACUGUCAGAAGUGGGAUUGCGUCAGGCAGAAGCAGCAGGCCAUUACCUCCGAGACCUUCACUUCACCAACGUUUUUGUCAGCAAUUUGCAGAGAGCAACACAGACGGCUGAGAUCAUUCUGAGGAGCAAUCGCCACUCCUCUAACGUUGAGAUGGUGUUGGAUCCUUUACUCAGAGAGAGGGGCUUCGGGGUGGCUGAGGGACGGCACAAAGAGGACCUGAAGAACAUGGCCAAUGCAGCUGGACAGUCCUGCAGGGACUUCACACCACCAGGGGGCGAGACGCUCGAGCAGGUGAAGGCACGCUUCCAGAAAUUUCUGAAGUCCAUGUUCCAGCGCAUGCUGGAUGACCAUGGUUGUGACUGUCCAAGCGUGAGUUUUGCUCGCGGCCCGAGCCAUGCAGGACCGCCUUCACCUGUGGUUGCUGGCGAGGCCAGCGAUGGAGUCAUCAGUGUCCCCGCUCACGCCCUGGUGGUGAGCCAUGGCGCCUUUAUCCGAGUAGCGGUGCGCCACCUGGUGGAGGACCUGAGUUGCGGCCUGCCUGCGGGGCUUAAACUGAACCAGGUGUUCUCGGCCUGCCCCAACACAGGCAUCUGCAGGUUCAUCAUUGCCUUGCGCAAGGACGAGAGUGUCCUGCAGCCCACAACCAUCCACUGCGUCUUCAUCAACAGGAAAGAUCACCUGGCGAGCAUCAAAGACUCUCACUAGAGGCUCAGUACAGCUCUCAGCUCCCUGAAAGCAAAUAUAGCAGCUACCAAUUUACCCUUGUUUCAGACUCUUAAGGGUAUGACUUCUCCAGCUAACUACAGUCUAUAUCGUUUAACAAUGGUUUUCAUUAUACAUGGCCAUGCAAGGAGAAACACGGUUUGUGUCUCAUUGCAUAUGUAUUUAUAUGUUAUUAUUUGUCCUGACACUGCUAUGGUCCAAACUGUUGAUGAAAAAUUUUAGCCUUGCAGUGUAGGAUCAGAAAAAUGGUAUUCUAGUGCAGCACUAUUUAAUUACCUCACCUGCAUGAUGACUGAAAAUAACAAGUUUUGGUUUCAGAUUCUCUUGGAGCAGCAGGACGCACUUUAUAUACAUUUCAUAUGUCCUUCCUUGGGAAACACUCGAUGUGUUAAAGUUUCUAAUUCCAUAUGGAAUAAAGCGAGUGAUGAACACUUGACUGCAAAUAA